AUGCACAAAGGGAAACAUCUCAGAAGUAUUGAAAAGACCUGGGUGCUUAAACUGCAUGACUUCUUUAAGAGAGAAAUGCAGGAAGGAGUUAUGCUGUUGGACAAGCCAGCUGACCGUGUAGCUGAGGCUAUUGGUAUAAAUAGGUCCACUGUAUAUCGGAUCUGCAAAGAACAGAAAGAAAAGGGAAAUGUCAGCAGUCCAACGAAAAGAGGUAAAAUGGAACACAGUGGAUCACUUGAAGAGUACACAGACAAUUUUCAAGGUGUCAUUAGACGCAGAAUACAUAGAUUCUAUACAGACAAGACCUUCCCUACCAUGUCGUUGCUGCAUGCAGCUUUAGUACAUGAAGUCAACUACCCUUUCUCUAAGACAAGUUUGUAUAAGACAGUACGUAAGAUGGGUUUUGCCUACAAAACUAUGAACAGGAAAAAAUGUCUCUACGAGCAAAAUCGUAUCUUAACAGCAAGGGUCAACUACCUGAAACAAAUACAAGGAUUCAGAGAAAGGAAUAGACCCAUUGUAUACUUGGAUGAAACAUCGCUACAUCAACACCACACUUUGGAAAAAUGCUGGACAGACUACGAUGGAAAAGGUGGAUUAAGAAUUCCUAGUGGAAAAGGGAAGAGCCUGAUUAUUUUACACGCGGGAGGAGAAAUGGGAUGGACACCAGAAGCAGAGUUGGUUUUCGUGGGGAAAAAAGACACUGGUGACUACCACAAUGAAAUGAACAUUAGUCAUUUUAUGGAGUGGUUUGAGCAUAAACUUUUACCCAAUUGCCCACCUCAAUCAGUUAUAGUUCUAGACAAUGCAAGGUAUCACAAUGCUGUAGUAGAAAAGAUCCCUACGAAGUCUUCCAGAAAGCAAGAUAUGAUUGACUGGCUGGCCAAACAUAAAAUACUCCAUGAGCCCAAAAUGUUGAAAGUCGAACUGUUUGACCUAAUCAAGAGAUCCAAUCCCAUUUCUGUGUACCAGACGGAUGUUCUAGCAGCGAAGUUUGGAUGCGACUGUCUACGGCUACCCGUGGGACACUGCGAACUCAAUCCCAUUGAGCUGGUAUGGGCACAGGUAAAACGACAUGCUGCACAGCACAACACAGGGAUAGCUGGGUUUACCAUGGAAAACAUCAAGCGCCUGUUGCAAUUAAGUCUGGUUGACACGCGCAAAUCUACAGUCUGGAGCUUUCCUGAUCUUGUCGCAGUAACCAACAUAAAGUACAAAGCGAACUACGCUGAUGUGUUACGGUCUAGUAAAGUAGACUGA